AUGUUUCUAAAAUGCGAAACCACAUUGAAUGUCUAUCAACAUGGUGAUAAACUUGUCCUCUGUCGUUUGAAUGCCGUGUCCUCAGCAGCUGGUGACACACCGACCAAAAGUACGGAUGCAACGAACACCUGUAGAAUGUUAACAGCCGACCAAUGGCAUUGUUUCGACAAAGAAUUAAAAUCAUGGUUGGAUAAAAAAUCGGAAUGGGCUGAUGUUGAUGUGGACAAUGAGCUAUAUAAAUUUGCUGUAAAACCAAAUGUAGAAGUGAAAAUUAAACGAUCCACAUUAUCGAUAAAGUAUUUUCAUAAAUGCUUAAAGAAAUCACAUUUGGAUGGUGGUGAUGAUGACGAUAGUGGCGGAAAGGAUAGCAGUUUACCGGUUUUAGAUUGUUGCUUGGAAUAUAAAAGCAGGGAGAAGAGGGAGCUUCCCCCCACACCCUCAAUACCCGCAGAUGAAUAUGAUCCUUAUGAUUACGAUCCGUAUGCAUCGGUAAAUAAGGAAAAAUCCAUAAGUCCCCUGUCAUACGAACCGUAUACACCAACAAAAAAAGUUCCUGGUAAAAUCACCAAUGUUGAUAAAAUCAAAACACCGGGAUUAGACUUUUUAGGAUUUGAUAGCAAUGAAGAUACCUACUCACCGAAUAUUGAAAGACAUUUAGCUGCCAGCAAGAUAACAAUUCCGGUUUAUAAGCCUGCACCCAUUGAAGACAAACCUUCACCCGAUGGCUAUAAUGAAGUUAUACUCGAAUCCGAUGAAGAUGUUUUGCCAACAAAAACUCAUAGAUCGAUUCGCGUCAGAGACAAACAUGGUAUACAUAAGGCCAACAGCGAAUAUAUACCACAUAGCCAGGAAAUGUCUGAAAAUGUACCUGCUUAUAAACCUACACCAAUCGAAAAGGAGGAACCAGAAGGUGAACUUGAUGAGCAAAAGAAAAUAAAGACUAAAACUAAAAAGAAAGCCAAGCUUGAAAAGGAUGUUGCGAGCAGCAAAGAGGAAAAAUCCGAAACGGAUGAGAAAGCAAAGCCCAGAAAAAGUAAUGAAGAUGAUGCAAAUGCGGAAAAACGAACAUCCAAGGAUAUCAAGAAAUUAUAUCAAGAAUCCAGCGAAGAUGAUCUGGAUAAGGCAUCCCAGGAUAAAAAUGGCAAACAAUCAACAAAAUCUAAGGCGAAUGACCAGAGCAAGGAAACACCUUGUACUUCAAGUGAAUAUGAUUUUGAAAAUGUUGUAAUGAAACACAAAAGAGAAAGAGACAAAUCAAUUCCCAGAGAUGAGAAGGACAAAAAAGUACAACAAGUGCCUCAACCGAGAAAUUCUCGGAAAAAAUCAGAAACAAAGGACUGUCUGGCAAAAGAACGCAGAACUUCCGAGGAUACCAAAGCAAGCAGCAGUUUAUUAGCAUCCAUCGAAGAAGAGUCUGAGAAAAAUGCCUCAAAACAAAAAGACAGGAAAAAUAUGGAUAAGGAAAAAAAACGAAAAGAUAAACAAUCAUCAAAUGAGACUGAAACAAUCGAGGAACCUCAAAACUUCAUAAGUGAAGAUGAAUUUGAGGCCAGCUCAUCUAAACAAAAAUUAAAGAAGCACGAGAAAAAUACAUCUUUGGAAGAGAGUAAAGAUGAAUCAGGAGACAGGAAGAAGGACAAACGAAAGGAAAAGCAUAAAUCAAAUGAUAAAAAUAAAACAAACGAAGAAGCGGAAAAUAAAGAAGACCACAAAGAUAGGAAAUUAUCAACAGAAACUUCACCACAGUUAAGACGUUCCGGUCGCUCACCAUCAAAACCAAAACGAUUCAUUGAAGAAGUCGGGCAGCGAUAUGAACGUAAAACGAUUCCAAAAACCUCGCCCAAAAAUAAAGAACUUUUCGGUACGGACGAUGAUGAUGACGAACAGGAUAACAACAAUAAUGCCAGUUGCAAAAUCCCAUCAGCAUUUGAAACUCCCAAACCGGAUAAGAAAAUGAAAUCGAUUUUAUUGCAAUCCUCCUCCUCAUCAUCGUCGGCGAAAAAGAAACGCAAACGUGAUGAUUGUGAACAAGAAAAAGCCGGUAUGACUAAAUGGUUGGGUAAAAAGAAACUUGAACCUAAUGAAUCUCCUAAAUCGUCUUUGAAAUCAUCCAAAAAAAUUAAAUCAACUGCAAAAGACGAGAAGAGUAAACGCGCCAAAUCACCCUCACCCAAACCAAUGGAAAUUGUUAUGCCCACGGAAAAAGAGUUGGAAAUGAUGCGCAGCAAAGCUAAACAACAAUCGGAAGAUAAUGAAAAAUUUAAAGCUGCCCUGGAGAGAGUUAAUGUGGUGCCGAAACAAGUUGAGCAACUUUCCCUUAAGGAUAUGUCCUUUACAGAUCUAAUGGAAACAUUUUCUCUUUAUCAAACCGAUUUGGAUCAAAUCUAUGAAAAAUGUCGUAAAAAAGAUUAUAUCAAAAGUUAUGAUGGCGUUAAUCAUUGCCUUGUGAUUGGCCUAAUUGAUCAUAAAAUACAAUUUAAAAUGAUGGAGAAAUUAUCGGAAAAAUAUAAUAGCAAUAAUAGUACAUCGCAAGCCACAUUGUAUGCCAAUGCUCUCUUACCAGAAUGGAUAUUGCGGGUAUUUAUGAAACGCUACAAUUUAAAUCGUUCAGAUGCCAUACAACAAAUUGUCGAUCAAGAAGCCUAUAAAUCAUAUACCGAUGCAGAAAAUGAAUGUUCAUUUUUAGAUGAUCUAUGA